AUGGUUGCGGAUUCAAGGGCUAAGAUGAGUAAGUUUAUUUCGGGUGUGUCUGAAAUAUUGGUUAAUAAGUGUCAAACCACUAUGUUCAUUCAUGAUAUGGACAUCUCUCAUCUCAUGGUACAUGCACAACAAAUUGAUGAGGAGAAACUCAAGGAAAAGUUGAAGGAGGUAAAAAGGGAUAAGAUCGGUGAUGGAAAUUUCUCUAAUGCAAGGGUAUCUAACCUUAAGCCUCAAGGAAGGAAUGAUAGUGGAUCUUCAUUGCCUAUGUCUAAUUGUACUAAGUGUGGGAGGAAGCACAAGGGUAAGUACCUACUUGACACGGAUGGUUGUGGUAAAAGUGGUCAUAAAAUGAGGGAUUGCUCGAUUCUUACGGAUAGAGGAAGAAAGGGCAAGCAAGCUCCUCGUAGUGGUUCGAAUUCCAAUGCUCCUAAGCAAAAUCGCUUCUAUGCUCUGCAAACCUGA